UCCCCAUCUCUGCCGGCAUUCACCUGCCCAGUCCACGAACGAUUUCCCUCUCGCCUGCCUUUUGCUGACGGAUCGCGCACGCGCGCCAGGGGUCCUUUCGGCAACGGAUUUUAUUUUUACAGCGAGCAAGGCAGGCAGGCAGGCAGUGAGAUCAAAGCAAGGUUGACAGGGAGCCCAUCUGCGAUGCGUAUGCGUGUCUUCACUUGAAAGCAAGAUUUUCGUGCGCCGGGAAAGCGUUGGAUGGCGCCGCAGGGCAGACGCAAUUGUUGCCGUGUUGGAGGGAGGAGGAGGAGACGGUGGUGGUGGGGCUGGGAGAAUCCAGUCCAAGAAACAAGCAGGCAGGCGAGAGAACCAGCAAGAGAACAACAGGAAUGCAAAUCGAUCCAUGGCCCUAUGCUUCUCUCUCUCUCAUCUUUUUUUUCCCCUCCCUCCUUUUCUCAACUUUUAUUUGGUCAAAGAAGUGAAAGCAAAAGCAGCAAACAAUUGAGGUGGUGACAUGGAGGGUGGAUGCAAAAGGAGAUGCCGCCAUGGCCUGGCCCCCAGCUGCCCGCGCCAUAUUCCCUUGCCGCCGAUUCGCGCCCGGGGGCGUAUCCAUACAUAUACCGCCGGAGGUGGAGACGGAGCCGCAGCCGGGCCGGAAUAUCUCCCCACCGCACCGGUGGAGUCCAGGGAAAGGAACCCACCACCCAGCCGCCUAUAAGAACCGAUCGCUUGCCGCCGCGGUAGAAGCAAAGCUGCCGCCGUCUUCUGUCACUCCGGCCGCCGCGGCUUCUCAUGCUGGCCGCGCCGCCGCUGCUGCGAUACGGAGCGCCGCGCUGGUGGGCACGCUGGAGAUGGCAUCGUCGUGUGGCGGCGAGGCCAGGGCGCGGCUCAGGUGGACGCGCGAGCUGCACGGCCGCUUCGCGCUUGCCGUGGCCCAGCUCGGCGGCGCCGACAAGGCGACGCCCAAGUCCGUCCUGAGGGCCAUGGCCGUGCCGGGGCUCACACUCUACCACCUCAAGAGCCACCUCCAGAAGUACCGGCUGGCGGUGAGCCGAGGCCCCGUCGCCACGGCCCCCGGCGAAGGCUCCGACGACCGGUGGUCAUCCUCCUCGGAGAGCCAGCCGGACGAGCACGACGAGGACGCCGCCGCCGCCGCCGAGUGGCGUGGUGCAUUUGCCGCCGGCGGCGGCACCAAAGAAGCUCCCUGCGAUUCUCCCAGGAGCAUGGCGCGGAUGCAGAGGGAGGUGCAGAGGAAGCCGCAGGAGCAGAUCGAGGUCCAGCGGCACCUGCAGCUGAGGAUCGAGGCGCAGGGGAGGUACCUGCAGUCGGUGCUGCGCCGGGCGGAGGAGGUCCUCGCCGACCACAGCCUCGGCUCGCCGGCCUCCGCGGUGGAGUCCGGGUGCCUGUCCUCCUCCUCCUCGCUCUCGCCGUCCCCGCCGCGCCGCCGCUCCGCCGGCAGCUGCGUCACGUCCUCCUCCUCCUCGGAGGCCGAGAGCCAGGCCGGCGCCGGGUCCAAGAGGCCGUGCACGUGCGCCGCCGCCGAGCAGCCGGUGCAGGGCAAGAGGAGCUUCCUGCAGAGCCACGAGGCAGGGGAAGCAGACGCCGACGCCGACGCAGAAGCAGAGGACGGCAGCUCACCAGAGAUCGAUCUCAACAGGUAGGGGAAGAGCAGAAGACGAUCGCGAUCAGAAGAUUCAGAAGCAUCUCUGCUGCAUGUGCCGAGCAUCGGGAACAGGGGAUGAUUGGUGGUGUGGCCUCCAAGGCUGGGACCAGGCUUUUUCAUCAAUGUCUGAUGCUGCUGCAAGUCUGCAACCAACGGCUGGUGAUGCUACACUGCAAGCCUGCAGCAACCACACUGCUCUUCAUCAUUCCAUAAUAUGAUACAUCCAUCUAUAUUUUUCAUUUAUGUAUAAGGUUCUUGUGUUUCAUGUACCUCUGUAAAAAGAAAAAAAGAACUGUGACUGGAACUAGAGGCAAGCCCAGCUGCAGAUGAGGCACAUGCAGCAUGCUUGAGGUGCAAUGCAAGGAUGCAUGUAUAGUUAUAGAACUGUGGUGGCUAGUAUCAUCAUAUGCCAUCAGUGAGAUUGAUGCCUUAACAGGGCAAUUGGAUGAGAGCUGGAAAUGGUUUGGAAUGUAAGCUAAGAUUAAAAUUUCAGACCUGGGUUCAGUGCACAAUAACAAGUUCAGUUACAGAA